AUGAUCAACUCCGUUGCUAUUCUGGCUCUUGCCAGCCCGGCCUUCGCCGGUCUCAUGCAGGCUCGUGGUGAGGAAUUCAUCCGUCCCUCCGCUCAGAGCUCUGCUGCCGUUGCUGCCCCUGCCCAAGUUGAGGGCUGGGGUGAGAGCUGGUCCAAGCCGGCCGGGCACUCCUCGACUCACGACUCCUGGAGCAAGACCACUGAGUCGUGGACAACCCCGGAGCACCACCACACCUCCACCACUUCGGGGCACGAGCACACCACCACCCCGUGCACCACCUCGACCACCCCGGUGCACAGCACCUCGGUGAAGACCACCACCCCGGUGCAUACCACCUCGACCACCCCGGUGCACACCACCUCGACCACGCCCCACGUCCCCGUGAAGCCUGGUACUACCAAGACGCUCACUAUGGUGACCACCACCUGCCCUGUCACCUCGUCUACCAUCACGUCUGGCUCUCAGACCUUCACCGUUCCCGUCACUGGAACAAGCACCAUCACCAUCACCAAGACCACCGUCUGCACCUUCUGCGAGAACGAGCAGCCUUUGACCUUCCAGAACGCCACUCAGCCCGCAACCGCAGGCCCCACCGCCCCUAUUCUGACCACCGGAGUCGUGGUUACUACCCAGCAGUCCGUUUCCACCCAGCCCGCUGAGACCCAGCCCGUUUCCACCCAGCCCGCUGUGACCCAGCCCGCUGUCCCCGCUCAGUCUCAGCCCGCUGUCCCCGCUCAGUCCCAGCCCGCUGUCCCCGCUCAGUCUCAGCCCGCUGUCCCCGCUCAGUCUCAGCCCGCUGUCCCCGCUCAGUCCCAGCCCGCUGUCCCCGCUCAGUCCCAGCCCGCUGUCCCCGCUCAGUCUCAGCCCGCUGUCCCCGCUCAGUCUCAGCCCGCUGUCCCCGCUCAGUCUCAGCCCGCUGUCCCCGCUCAGUCUCAGCCCGCUGUCCCCGCUCAGUCCCAGCCCGCUGUCCCCGCUCAGUCUCAGCCCGCUGUCCCGGCUCAGUCUCAGCCCGCUGUCCCCGCUCAGUCCCAGCCCGCUGUCCCCGCUCAGUCUCAGCCCGCUGUCCCGGCUCAGUCCCAGCCCGCUGUCCCGGCUCACUCCCAGCCCGCUGUCCCCGCUCAGUCUCAGCCCGCUGUCAGCCCCUCCACCCCCCAGACCCCCCAGAAGCCCUCUACCCCUCAGCAGCCCGGCUCCUCCCCCUCCUCCUUCACCGGUGCUGCUUCCAACGUCAAGCCCGUUGCUGGCCUCCUUGCCGGUGUUGUUGGUCUCAUGGCUCUCCUGUAA